UUCUAGCGAAUCGUGAGGCAAUAUUGAAAAUACUCUGCCGGCUCACCAUCUUCGUGUAUGUUAUAUUAUUGGUUUCAAAUGUUGGCACAAGGCUGGCAAUUUCGGGAGAGAAGUUAGAUAGAUUGCAUCGACCCCUGUGUUUAACUGAUAAUUAUUUUAUCGUCCUCCAAGGGAAUGAAAGGCAAAGUCGACCCCGGCAGCAUUUGAGCCCAAAAUGUAAAGACUAACGAAAUGCAGCUGUUUUUGCUCGAUGUGCUAACGAUUCUACUGGUUAACCGCCUUCUUGUAUGUUAUAGUAUGAGUCAGACAUUUUAAGCAGCCAGCUGGAAGAAUCGUGGGCACGCCAGGCAAAAUGCUUAACGGCAUUUUGUCUGUGUUUACGUUUUGAGUUCAAACUCUGCCGAGGUCAGCUUUACCUUUCAUCCUUUCUGAGUCGAUAAAAUAAGUACCAGUUGAACACUGGGGUCGAUGUAAUUGACUUGCACCGCUCCUGAAAUUGCUGGCCUUGAGCCAAAAUUUGAAACCAAUAUCAUAACAUAGUUCUUCAGACGUCCUACAAUCACUUCCUAUCAGCUCUCUACAGUGACUUCCUAUCAACUCUCUAGUAAACGUCUCCAACACAGCAGCAACAUUUGUAAGUUAGCCUACUAACCCAUCAGCAAUGUGCACAUGUGUUUAUUUGCCUUCGUAUUAUAUUUCUCAUAAAUAUGGAGAUUUUACAUUGGUAGCACUACCCGUACCCUACACUUUCGAAUUAAAUAACACAUUUAUACAAAUACCUCCUUUGUCAAAAAGAAUCUGGAAAAAUGCCAUAACAUAGAGAUAACGGUGGUUACCAAAGCCAUAAAAUGAAAUAUUUGAAAUCUGAGGAGUAAACAAAUCAUUUUGAUUUAAAAAGAAAAAAGUUUAAUCAGUAUUAUUAAUAGUAGAAUUAUCUAAACAACACUGAUUGGCUGAUUUCAUUAACACAAAAAGUCAGCAUCUGCCACAAAUUCUCCCCAAGAUUUUACCGUUCAAAAUGUAACUGAUUCCUUAUUUUAACUUGUUAUGAUUUUGACUCUUCUGAUAAUUUGGAAAUUGAUUUUUAAAUCUACAAGGCUAUCAGCAGUAAAUGGGUAGAUAUAAAACUGGCUUACUUAAUCAGAAACUCUCCUGUUGAAAUUACUAACGAAAGGACAUUUUUCGAACACAGAGACUUAAACAUGGCGGCCAAUUUCACCAUUCGCAAUACACGCAUGCGAGAUCCAUUUCACUAAAUGCAAUAUCUGCUAUACCGGUCGUAUGGUUCAGGAGCUUUUAUAUCCUAAUACAAAAACAUCUCCCCACAUGGGCAUAUCCUUCAAAAAUCUCUGCAACACAUACAGCCACGGGAAAAUGGACAUUGAUAUCAGCAUCAAAGUCGCAUAAGUAACUUGGAAAUGAAUUGUAUAACCCAAGUUUAUACAAUUUUACAACUCAACACGCUAUCUUUGAAAUUUAUUCACACAACGCCACGAGGCUAACUUAAGCUGAAAAUUAUUUUCUCUCCUUAUUUUGUCUUCGUGUACAUUUGGGAAGAGUUAUUCUAACUAAAAUAUCAGGAUUAUUAAACAUCUUUAAGAUGCAGCAGUUAUGAAAUAACUUAUUCAAAGGAAAGAUUGUAUUACUGCAAAUACAGAAACAGUCUUGAUACCAGUAGGCACCAGAAGGAUGCUAAUACGAGUGUAACUAUCGCAAGUUUAUCCUGGAUACAUCAGAAUUUAACAAUGAUACUGAAGAUGGUACAUUACUUCAAGAAUAUCUUACAGAUCCUUUUGAUAGCGCUUGGAAACGAAGUUAUUCAACGAUCAUGUUGUUCGGUGGAAAACUCUGAAUGUUAUCCAUCACUGUGUGAUGCUGAAAGUCUGCAACGAAGAUGUUCUUGUCAUCAGUAUUGUAAUCUAUAUAAAGAAUGUUGUUCAGACGUGAUCGGUGAUACAUUAAUUGAACAUGGAACAUCGUCAAUAGAUUACAGAUGCAAGAAAAUUAAUGAUGAUGAAUUAGACAGCUAUUUUCUAUUUGACCGCUGUCCUAGCGACCAUUCAAUUAAAAAACAUGUCACUUACUGUGAAACACCGGACGAGAAUGACCGAUUAUACAACAUACCCGCUUUGGGAAAACGAACUAAAAGACUUUACAGGAAUUUGUUCUGUGCUCUGUGUAACGGAGAGGAAUACAUAUUAUGGACAGUUCACUACAAAUGUAAUCAUAAAAUGGAUAUAGAUUUAUCACUCUUCCCUCACAUACUGAGAAAUAAUCACUGUAAUGUAUCGAUCGAAGCACCAUUGAACUUUAGCGAUUACCAAUAUCCAUGUACUGAUUAUGUUUCAAGCUGUCCCCUAAAAGUUACCAAUGCGUCUUUAGUUUCUUCUUGUGCGUUUGGACCAAUGGCAAUUGUAAGAUCAAAUGGUACAAAUUUUAGGAACAUUCACUGCGCCAUCUGUAAUGGUGUUGAUAUUAAUGAUAUUGACUGUAAUGUAACUAUUUUCAUAGAAAAGUCAUAUAAUAUAAAAGUGUAUAGUCGAACAGUAAUAUUUAAUUACUAUAAUAACACUGUUGAAAUAUUAAAUGCAAAUAAUGAAAGAGAUUAUUUGAAAGAAGUGCCCUCUUGUUCGCAUGGAUUUGUUUAUGAUGAAAUAAAGAAUGAAUGCCGAGCAGUUGACUUUAGCUCCAUCUUAAAUUGUACAACAAAACGACUGAAAGAAUUUGAGUAUCAUUUCACUAGUGAUGGAUCUCUCUAUCUGAAUUCUUCCCAAACUUUGUUAAACCAGUCACAAUUCAAUCGAGAUCCUCAAGGAAUAAAUAUUUGUAAAAAUGAUAGUAAUGACAUGAUCCCAGGAUAUAUUUACGCUGUGAGUUAUAUAGUAUUAGUGGGCCUAGUGACCUCUGUUCUUGCUCUAUCGAUUACAGUUAUAGUUUAUCUCUGUAUACGGGAACUCCGUACAAUACCAGGUAAACUAUUCAUUAGUUAUUUAUCAUCAUUGUGCAUCGCAGAAUUUCUCUAUCUUAUCUCACAGGAAAUUGCAUCAAAUUCUAUGUGUAUAGCAUUCGCUGUUCUAAAGCAUUAUUUCUCCCUGGCGGCUUUCUUCUGGAUGAAUGUCAUGUCAUUUGAUUCCUGGUACACUUUCUCGGGAUUUACACCGCUUCGAGGUACAGAAAAAAAUGCAACGAAACUAAUCUAUUAUUCUAUAUAUGCCUGGAUAUGUCCCCUUGUAAUUGUAACAGUGUCACUCAUAUUUCAGUAUGCACCUGGGGACAAUGGACUUUCUCCAGAAUAUGGGAAGAAACGGUUUUGCUGGAUCACAAAUAUAAAAUUUCGAUUGUGGUUUUUUUCAGGCCCAAUAAUAAUAAUUUUAUUACUUAAUAUAUUGGCUUUCAUACUCACUGCCAGAGGUAUCUAUAUAGUGAGUAAAAACUCAUCAAAAUAUCUCGCAGUAAAAAGUAAAAAGAAGCUUAAGAUUUAUUUGAAAUUAAGCCUUCUAAUGGGGAUACCAUGGAUAUUUACACUUCCCCCCUUCGACGAAAUCCCUGAAGUUCUUCUCACUGCUUCUAUCUUUAAUUCGUUUGAUGGAUUAUUAAUUAGCAUAGCACUGUUAUCAACUAAAAAAGUUAGACGUUAUUUUCGACUGAAAUUCUCUCGUCACUGUUACAAAUGUAAUGAUGUUGACAUUUCUACAAGUUCUGACUAUUAAUUCUGAAACAAUGCUCAUAAUUAGUGUACU